UGCCUGGAAGUCUUUCAGUGCACUCAUGUAGGCCAUUUAUAUUUAUUGAGCAUCGACUAUGUCCCGGGCAUUGCUGUAGGUGCUGGAGAGAGCAGUGACUGAGACUGGCAAAGUCUGUGGUCAAGGAGUUGACAUUCUAGCGGGGGCUGCAGUGACGACAUAAGGAAGCUGAAAGCUCAGUGAUAAGGGCAGUGGAGGGAGAUGCAGCCCAGGAUGGGGAGGGGGGCCUUCAAGUCCCACCCUGUUCUGGGUGUGCAUGGGAGACAGUGCUAACUCUUUAGGGAGAUACUCAAACCCCCCAAUGGUGUCUUGGAUACACAGCCCCUCCGGCUUCCCCUUCUAGGGUCUCUGUCCAGAUCUGUCCCAGAAGCUUAGAACUAGCCAAGCUGGAAAUCCCCAGGGAGCCAGUGGCUGGGGCAGGGAGAGGAAAGUGAUAUCAGGCUGGAGUCUUGAGAGGCAAAGAUGGUUGGUGUGAGGAACUGCAAAUACAGUGGGUCACAGCCAAGAGAGGGAGAAGCAUGGGCUGCUCUGGGGUGAAGCCCCUGGGUGUGGUUGUACCAGUAAGGGGAGACUCAGUUGGGCUCAUCCCAGUAACCAGGUCAGGAAGAUGUCUUGGAGGAGGGGGGGCGGUGGGCACCUUAGAUCACACCGGCCAGCAAUUGCUGAGCUCUGAGGUGUGCUGGGCCCUGUGCCAAGCACUUUACCCGUGUCACCCCAGCUAACAGCAAGAGCUCCGCUCACCUUGGAAAGUGCAUACGACCUGCCAGGCCCUGGUCUUCAAAUUGAUUAUCUCGUAGAAGCCUGUGACAGCCCCACGUCGCUAGUACUGUAUUUGUCACCCUUGAUUUGCAGGUGAAGAAAUGGAAACACGGUCAUUUAGCCAGCUUCCAGCUGGCCUGGCACCAGCUUCGAUCCUUAUUGUUGCAUGGUUUUCCUUUUCCUUUUUUUUUUUUUUUUUUAGGCAUACUUUACAUACAGUCAUGUGUACAAAUCUUGAGUGUACAAAUGCUUAUGCAUGUAUACACUUGAGCAGCCACCACUGAGAUCAGGAGCUAGAGCAUUUCCAGCACCCCAGGAAGGUGCCUUGCGCCUCUCCCCAGGCCACUCCCCUCCAAAGGGCGACCACUAUUCUGUCUUCUCUCCCUAGACUAGCGUCUAUUCUUGAUUGUGUUUUUACAUCUGGCUUCUUUCCUUCACCGUAGUAUCUGUGAGCUUUAAUCCACGUGUCACAUGUAGCAGCCCCUUGUGCUCUGUUUUAUGGUCGAGCAGCAUUCCAUUGUCCGCAAACAUCACGAUUUGAUCGUCCGUCCUCUGCCUGAUGUUUCCAGUUCUUUUCUACUAUGACUAGAGCCACUGGACAUUCGCAUACACGUCUUCCGGAGGGCGUAUUCCCACCACGGCUCUUAGGUCUUCACUCAGGGGCAUCCAGCCGGCACUCUGGAGCAGGGAGGACGUGCUGCACUGGCUGCGUUGGGCCGAGCAGGAGUACUCUCUGCAGCGCACGGGGGAGCACGGCUUCGAGAUGAACGGCCGAGCCCUCUGCAUCCUCACCAAGGAUGACUUCCGGCUUCGUGCACCUGGUUCAGGUGACGUCCUGUAUGAGCUGCUUCAGUACAUCAAGACCCAGCGGCAAGCCCUGGUGUGUGGGCCCUUUUUCGGAGGGGCCUUCAGGCAGAAGAUGCCCCCUCAGCGCUGCCCCUGCCUCCUGGAAGAGGGGACUGGGCGACCUCAAUUGGCCCCCCGAAUGGGUCUCCUGCAGCAGCCACCACACCUGGGGUUUGCCAGCUCCUUGAGCCACCUGGCCAGGUGGCCCCUUGGCAGGGAGGACUCCCUCAACGUAUCUCACUGUUCAGAGCUCAGCUGCAGGGCUGAGGGAGCCUGCUCCUCCCCCAUGAUGCCGGAGGCUCCCAUUGAUGGCAGGAUCGCUGAUUGCCGGCUGCUGUGGGAUUAUGUGUACCAGCUGCUCUCUGACACCAGGUACGAGCCCUACAUCAGGUGGGAAGACAAGAACGCCAAGAUCUUCAGAGUUGUGGAUCCAAACGGGCUUGCCAGACUCUGGGGAAACCACAAGAACCGGGUGAACAUGACCUACGAGAAGAUGUCACGUGCCCUGCGACACUACUAUAAGCUGAACAUCAUCAAGAAAGAGCCUGGGCAGAAGCUCCUGUUCAGAUUUCUGAAGACACCCAGGAAGGUCGUCCAGGACAGGGAGCAACCAGAGAGCCCGGAGCAGGGCAGGUUGGAUUUCAACGAGGAGAUGCUGCAAGUCUCUCCCUGAGGGGCAGGUGGAUUCUGGGUACCAACCGAGUCUCCCGGGAACGCACCUGGCCGCACGGUGGCCUCCUCCUCCCUCCCAGGGCAGCAGGGAUCCCCAGCAGGUUUUGCACUCAAGGGAUCACAGCUGUUGUCUCUGACCUCAAAGCUGCCUGGGCACCUGGGAGGCUGGGAACUGGAACGCCUCACAUUCAGGACAUGGUCGGGGGGCAUCAUUCUUCGGUAGGGCAGCCCUGGAGCUCAGUGGAGGGCAGGGAGUGAUCCCUCUCUCUGCCCUACCCCUUGCUGCCUGCCCAGCUUGGGAGUGAGAGCAUCCAGCCCAAUUCCUUCAACUUAUAGAAGAAGGAAGCGGAGAUCCCUUACUGGACCUCAGUUUCCUCAUCUGUGAAAGGGACGAGCUCAUGACAACCUGACCUCAGGGGGCUGAUCCUGGCUGGGAAAAAGGAGUAUUGUUUUGUCAGUCUUAGUAAUAAUAAUGGUAACUGACAUUUAAGUGUUUACUAUGUGCCAGGCCUUGUGCUAAGGGUCCUUCCUAUAAUUUAUGUCAUUCAACUCACACUCCAAACCCCUGAAGUUUAAAGAUGGGGAAAUGGAGGCAGAGGUUUGCAGAGCUGGGAUGUGUCUCCAAAACCCAGUGCUAUUACUUGGUUGGUUGGCUGGUUUUAGUGACUCUGAAUGUAUUGGGCACUUCUCAAGCAGAGGCCGUGGCCCUACCUCUCUGCCCUCAGCGUCUCUGCUGAACAGUUCAUUUCACUUGGCCCAACCUCCAUUUCCCGAGUUUUCGGAACUUUGGUGCCUCUGUGACAGUGACCGAGUGAAGAUCUCCACUCCCUCUCCACCUGUGGUUUCCUGCCGCCCGUUCCUGGACCUGCCGUGUGACCUUGGGCAAGUUGUUUCAUUUCUCUGGAGCCUCAGGCUUCUCAGCCACAAAAUGCAGAGGCUAGUCCUGCCCUGACCUCUCAGCAUUGCAGGAAAUCUUCCUAAGACAGCGUCUGUGACAUGCCUAGUGGGCACCUGCUCUGUAAGGAGUACGGAAUCCGUGUUAGCCAAGAGGACUCUGCAAACCCAGAGCUGCUCUAAAGCAGGGAAAUGCCUCUGUGCUAUGGGUUCAGCUUCUCUCUGCUCCAUACCCCCCCCCCCUUCCCCCUGCCUCCAGACUGGCUGGAGCCUCCCGAGGGGGUCAGAACCUCUGCCCGGCGACCCGUCCAGUAAGGUUUGGGGGAGAAAGGGAAGGGAGUGUUUUCACUUCGCUGAAAACAGAACUUCUUAUAGUCACAUCUUCUUUCUUGGAAGGAGGAAACCACUCCUGCCUCUCGUCCCCAGCAGGCCAGGAAAUCCCCCUUCUGGCUGAGCCUGAACUGGCUUUGAAUCACUGUGCAGAAACUGAUAAGGAUUCUCAGACUUUGGCCCUCAGAACUGUGACCACUCUUGAGCGGGGCUUAUGUCCUGGCUUAGUUCCCCGCACCCCCCCCCCCCCCCCCCAGCCGGGGCCCUCGACAGUUCCACACCAGAGGAGGCCGGGCAAGUGGCCUUGUCCAAAAGGUUCAGUAAGAAAAUCCUUGGCCGCUGUCAUCUUCCUUCAGACUGUUCCAUUUCCUUGACUUUGUUCCAGGAUGAACCCAUGCCCCAUAGCUUUUCUCAUCCUCUUUAACCCACAACUACACAACUGGGCUGGGAAAGACUGUCACAGUCAGCGUGUCCAGACUCCUUUUAUUGAUAAGGCAACUGAGGCCAGAGAGGGGGACUGACCUGCUCAAGGACACACAGCCCAGCUCAGCCUGCUGACUCCUAAUGGGGUCUCAUCGGUUACUUCUUCCAGGGAACCGCUGGCAAUCGCCUGGGGAUGUGUUUGUUAAUGGUUGUUAACAGCUGCUUAUCCCAGUGAUUGUGUCUUCUUCACCCAGGGGGUGAUGAAUCUCACCCCAGUGCUGGGACCACUGGGGCCUGGGUUGGGCAGAAGUCUACCACCCCGGAGGAGCCUGGAGCCCUGGCCUCUCCACUCAUUCCUGGGGAGGGGGAUCUCCACCCUUUCCCCAUCUCCCCAGGCGCUGGUCUGGGACAUACACCUCGGUGACGGUGACGGUGACGGGAAUGAAAGGAAUUCAUUCAGCCCUUCCCUCCACCAGCAUCAAUGGAGCACUUGCUGUGUACCUGGCGUCAGGGGAGGCUCUGGGUUUACAUCCAGUUUUUACAUAGUCGGAUUCUUGAAAAGUGAUGGGUCACUGGAACCAUGUCAGAAUGGGCUUCCUCACAAGUGAUUUUACAGAGCAGGAAAUAUAUGCUCAUGAUUUGAAAAAGUAGCCAGCCAUGUCUGUCUUUUUCUUUUUCUUUUUUUGCCAGAUACUAUUAAAGUCAACAGUCGAUAAACAAUUUAUUUCAAAAGUGUGUGUGUUAAGAGGUUCAUUAAUGAAAUAAAUGACACCAGUCACUCUCUCCGUCCGGUCAAACCACUUACCACACUAACCCAGGAGCACAGGCUCCAUUGUUCUCCAUCUUCUCUGCUAUGUGGAUUCUCGCCAACAGUCUUUUUCCCUCGCAAAGAAAUUCCACACCCCCCCUGGCUUUACUGAGGGAUGAUUGACAUGUAACACGGUGUACGUUUGUGACGACAUCUAGCGCUUCCUUCAACCCUGGUGACUCUGCCGCACUUCGGGCUCCUCGAUGCCGGCGACCCAUCAUCUCUCGCGGAGGAGCCUAGUGGCGACGACCUUUCUUGGCUUCUUCCUCUGGUCCCUCCCCAUGAGGUUAAUCCACAUUUUCUACCCAAGUGUUCUCUCUGAAGUUUGUAGACAUGAACAGAAAACACGUACGUUUCCAGAGUAAGGUCUUCAUACCCCCAACUCUCCAGCAUCUGGCGGUGAACGUGAAGGUGCUCCUGGCUCAGAAGGAGUCCGGUCCCCUCCUCUGUGCUGGCUUGGCCCCUCACUGGGACUUCUGGACUCAGCUGCCACAGGGAUAGCUCCACGAUUUAGGGGAAGAGUUUAAAAAGUAUGUUGUUCUGGGGUCACGUGGGUGGCCCAGUCAGUUGAGCAUCUGACUUCUGCCCAGGUCGUGAUCUCGCAGUUCAGCCCCACGUGGGGCUCUCGGCUGUCAGCCUGUCAGUGCAGAGCCUGCUUCAGAUCCUCUG